AUGGACGGAAACGCGCUGUGUGAAGUUCCAGAGACGUUCGGACGGAUCGUGAUCGAGCUGGAUGAGAGAGGGGCGCCGGACACGUCGAGGAACUUUUUGAGACUCGUCGAGGGCGAGGACGCGCGCGAGCCUUCGUUGCGAGGGACGACGUUUCAUAAGAUCGAUAGAGAGAACGGGUACGUGGUGGGUGGUAAGGCGGGAACGCCGAGGUUAGGGCAGGUUGCGACGCUCGGGACAGGGUUCGAGAACGGGGACGUGACUCGGGCGUCGGCGUUUGCGGGGAAGCACUUUCGACCGGGCACGGUCUCUCUGGCUUUGGAGAGCGCGCAGAAGGAUGGGGAAUACGGCACGACGGCGCAGUUUUUGAUCACCACGGGGCCAGCACCGGUGCCUUCGUUGGACGGUAAGAAUAUCGUGUUCGGACGCGUCGUCGAGGGGUUGGAUGUCGUGAACAGGCUCGCCAGCGAAAAAACUUUCAAGCCAACGUCCACGGCACGCACGUACAACGCCAUCGCAAGUCUUGUGGGUGAUUCGCGCGCAGAGAAAGCAAAGUCCGCGUGGGUGAAGCCGACGAGGGCGCUCGUCAUCACGGACUGCGGUGUCUUGCGAAAUUAG